AUGUUACUUCCUUCUUUACAUUUUCUUCUUCAUAUUCAAAAUGUUUACAUCAUAUCUUCCUUCUCUUUCUUUUUCACAUCCUUAUUCCGUUUUCAUUUUUAUUUAUUCUUCUUCCUUACACUGCUUUAUAGUCUCGUUCAUGUCUUCCUGAAGAAAUUCCUCCAUUUUAUUAUUCCUAUCUCUUUCAUUUUCUUUCUUCAAACUGCUAUCUUUUUCAUUUUUUUUCUCCAAACCGCUUUCUUUUUCAUUUUCUUUCUUCAAACUGCUUUUUUUUCAUUUUCUUUCUUCAAACCGUUUUCUCUUUCAUUUUCUUUCUUCAAACAGCUGUCUCUUUCUUUUUCUUUCUUCAAACCGCUUUCUUUUUCUUUUUCUUUCUGCAAACUGUUUUCUCUUUCAUUUUCUUUCUUCAAACCGUUUUCUCUUUCUUUUUCCUUCUCCAAAACGCUUUCUUUUUCAUUUUCUUUCUUCAAACUGCUUUCUUUUUCAUUUCUUUCUCCAAACCGCUUUCUCUUUCAUUUUCUUUCUUCAAACAGCUGUCUCUUUCUUUUUCUUUCUUCAAACCCUUUCUCUUUUUUUUCUUUCUUCAAACCGCUUUCUUUUCUUUUUCCUUUCAAACCCUUUCUUUUUCAUUUUUUCUUUCUUCUUUCUUUUUUUUUUUUCUUUCUCAAACAGCUGUCUCUUUCUUUUUCUUUCUUCAAACCCUUUCUCUUUCUUUUUCUUUCUUCAAACCGCUUUCUCUUUUACGUUCUUUCUUGUUCUUCUCUUUCUCUCUACUUCUCCCCCUCUUUAUCAUGUUUAUCCUCCUCUUCUCUAUCUUCUUUAUCGUCCUUCCCCUCUUUCUCUUCCUCAUCACUUUAUCUCUUCUCCCUUUCUCCCAAAGAGUCGCCUUCUAUAUCACCCGAUCUCUUCUUUGAUUUCAUUCAAUUUGCCUUUCUUUCUUUCCUUUCCCCAACUCCCACUGUAAUGCACUGCACUACGGAAACUUUUAGUGUUGCCUGCUCCUUGCAUUUGUCGGACGUGCUUACGUAUUCUCACUACUCUCUCUCGCUCUCUCUCUCUCUCUCACUACUCUCUCUCUCUCACUACACUCUCACUCUCUCUCACUACUCUCGCUCUCUCUCUCUCACUACUCUCUCUCUCACUACACUCUCUCUCUCACUACUCUCUCUCUCUCUCACUACUCUCUCUCUCACUACACUCUCUCUCUCUCACUACUCUCUCUCUCUCUCACUACUCUCUCUCACUACACACACUCUCUCUCACUCUUAA